UGGGCCGGCUCUGGCACGUGUGAAUGAUACUCCCCGAGCGUGUGGGGCUCGCUCGCUGCAGCUGCCUCCUCCUCCUCUCCCCCACCCCUUCCCCGGUCCUGGAGCCAAGCUGCUCCCCGUCCGCUCCCCAUUGUUGCUCCGAGGCUCUAGGCAGGCGCCCGGCUCGCUGCGGAGAACUGCGGCAGGACACGGCUCGAGUGUUAUGAAACGUACCACUGGACGAUAUGUUGCAAGAUUUGAAAGGACCAACUUUAAGCAGACAAUUGGCAGCCAUGGAAGAAUUAAUAGUUGAAUUGCGUCUGUUUCUUGAACUUUUGGACCAUGAAUAUCUAACAUCCACUGUCAGGGAGAAAAAAGCAGUAAUAACUAAUAUUCUCCUGAGGAUACAGUCAUCAAAAGGUUUUGAAAUAAAAGAACAUGUUCAGAAACAAGAAGUUUCCAAUAGUUUGCCUGCCCCACCUCAGAUGCCUCUACCAGAGAUACCUCAGCAAUGGCUGCCACCAGAUAACGGGCCUCCACCACUACCAACAUCAUCCCUUCCUGAAGGCUACUAUGAGGAAGCGGUGCCACUUAGUCCUGGAAAAGCUCCUGAAUACAUCACCUCUAAUUAUGACUCCGAUGCUAUGAGCAGCUCUUACGAAUCUUAUGAUGAAGAGGAGGAGGAUGGAAAAGGGAAAAAAAUGAGACAUCAAUGGCCUUCUGAGGAGGCUUCUAUGGACCUAGUAAAGGAUGCCAAAAUCUGUGCCUUCCUUUUGAGAAAGAAGCGAUUUGGACAGUGGACCAAACUACUUUGUGUUAUCAAAGAAAACAAACUACUGUGUUAUAAAAGUUCCAAGGACCAGCAACCUCAGAUGGAACUUCUUUUGAAUGACUGCAGUAUCACAUACAUUCCCAAAGACAGUAAAAAGAAGAAGCAUGAGCUGAAAAUCACUCAUCAAGGAACAGAUGCCCUGGUUCUAGCAGUACAGAGCAAAGAACAGGCGGAGCAGUGGUUGAAGGUGGUAAAAGAUGUUUGCAGCAACUGCACUGGAACUAUAGAUUCAGAUGGACUAUCAUCUAGUCCGAUACACAAGACGGAACUGGAAAAGAAAUUGUCCUCUGAGAGGCCAAGCUCAGAUGGGGAGGGUACAGUAGAAAAUGGAAUCGCUACAGUGUGCAAUGGAAAAGAACAAGUUAAGAGGAAAAAGAGUUCCAAGUCAGAAACCAAGGGUACAGUGACUAAAGUAACAGGGAAAAAAAUAACAAAGAUCAUCAGUCUAGGAAAGAAAAAGCCAUCAACAGAUGAACAAACCUCAUCAGCUGAGGAAGAUGUUCCAACAUGUGGAUAUCUGAAUGUGCUCUCCAAUAACCGAUGGCGUGAACGCUGGUGCAGAGUGAAAGAUAAUAAGCUCAUUUUCCAUAAGGACAGAACCGAUCUGAAGACGCACAUUGUUUCUAUUCCUCUGCGUGGCUGUGAAGUCAUUCCAGGCUUGGAUUCUAAGCAUCCCUUGACAUUCCGUCUGCUUCGAAAUGGGCAGGAAGUUGCAGUGUUAGAGGCUUCGUCAUCUGAAGACAUGGGCAGAUGGAUUGGAAUUUUACUGGCUGAAACUGGUUCAUCUACAGAUCCUGGAGCGCUGCACUAUGACUAUAUUGAUGUGGAGAUGACUGCAAGCGUCAUACAAGCUGCAAAACAGACCUUCUGUUUUAUGAACAGACGUGUUAUAUCUACUAAUCCGUAUCGGGGAAGCACUGGAAAUGGCUACGCAUGUCCCAGUGGACUGGCACUUCAUUAUGAUGAUGUUCCCUGCAUAAAUGGAUCGUGGGAACUGGAAGAUGGCUUUCCUCCUUCUCGUAGCAGAAGUAUGGGAGAAGAAGUGCUUUAUGAUAACGCAGGCCUGUACGAUAACUUGCCGUCUCCGAAAAUCUUUGCACGCUAUCCACCUGCUGACAGAAAAGCCAAUAGGUUAUCUACUGACAAACUCUCCUCUAACCAUUACAAAAACCCUGUCUCGUCCAAUCUGUCCUCUGCUCAGUCUGUCACUAACACCUCUGCUGUGGGGCGGGGAUCUGGCUCACAGUUUAAGGGCAAAAAAAGCCCCGCAACUGCAAAUGGUAUCGUGGGAAAAGGGAGAAUUUUAAAUAACCAGCAGAAGAAAUCUGAAUCAAUGUCAUGUGUGAAGCGCACUGCAUCAAAUGCUGAUCAGUACAAAUAUGGCAAGAACCGUGUUGAAGCAGAUGCAAAGAGGUUACAAACCAAAGAAGAGGAGUUGUUAAGGAGGAAAGAAGCUCUGCGGAACAGGUUGGCUCAGCUCCGAAAAGAAAGGAAAGACCUACGAGCUGCCAUUGAAGUUAAUGCUGGCAGGAAGACUCAAGUGAUUCUAGAAGAUAAGUUAAGGAAGUUGGAGGAGGAAUGCAAGCUGAAGGAGACUGAGCGUGUAAAUCUAGAGUUGGAACUGACUGAGGUGAAAGAGAGCCUGAAGAAAGCCUUGGCUGGCGGCAUCACUCUGGGAUUGGCAAUUGAGCCCAAAUCAGGAACCUCAAGCCCACAGUCUCCAAUUUUCAAGCACCGAACUUUGGAAAACUCUCCUAUCUCCAGUUGUGAUACGAGUGAUACUGAAUGUUCAAUACCAGUGAACAGUGCAGCAGUGCUGAAGAGACCUCCUACAUCAAGUAAUUCUCCAUGUCGAGGCCACGUCCUUCGAAAAGCAAAGAGCACUCUCCCAUCCACUCCGGUACUCCACCAGAAGAGGAACCUCAGGCGGAGUUGAUGGGAAAGCAUCAUCUAUUAGCAUACCGCAGUGAAGACACCACAGAAUGGGAGCUGAAAAACGGAACAUAAGCAGUGCAAAUUUGUUUACGUUGAUUAAAGGCCUUUCUUCAUAUGGACCAAGAAAUAGACUGCAAAAGACUCAUCUGUAAAAUGGUGUCAAGUGCUGAGGUUUUAUAAUUAUGUUCAGUUAACAGUAGCUUGGCCCUCAUUUGACUGUACUCUCUGCUGUAUUACUGUGUAACAGUGUGUGCCCCUUUUUAUUACCUGUAACUUUUCAUUUCCACCCUUAUUUGUAAAAAUCCUACUAAAAAGGAGCAUGUUAUUGCAAUUGAAAGUUUACAUUGCUGAAAGAGGUUAAACCAACAAUGUAAAUGGCAUUGCAUCAAAAGUCAUAAAUGGAAAUCAAGACUGUUGCAUGCUAGAAGACCCAGAUGAAAUCAUGCAAAUUUAGAUGCAUUGUAUUAUUAAGGCUAAUUUUGACUUUCUGAAUUCAAACCACCUGAGAGAGAGACCUUUUCACAAGCUUGCUCAUUAGGAUUCGUCCAGCUGUUACCUGUUCACUUGGCUGGAGAUGGAGGAAAUGUUUCCACAGCAACUACAUGCCUUGCUUGAGAUGCACUCUUCCUCCUCACUUUUUCUCAAUGGUUAUAAGAUGACACAACUUGGCUGUGAAGCGUUUUUUUUAUAUAUUUUAGACAGAUGCUUUUAUCAUCAGGACAGAAAAAACUGCCAUGCAUUUUAAUAUGUUUUUUGUUGUCACUGCUGUUUCUAAGCACCUGUCAUCUUCAAACAUCUCUCAUGUUGUCGAAAAAUUAUUAGGGCAUGAUUUUAAAAGAAGCAACAAAGUGCUUUUAUAUGUCCCUUCAUUUCUGCACCUCCCCAAAAAAUCCUACUGAUAGUCGCUAACAUUAAUUUUUAAAUUACAACUGCAGAAGGCGUAUGUGGUUUUGUUUUGCUUUUUAUAAAACUUGACUUUAACAAUGUUAUAACUGUUGUAUUUGCUUCCUGCAGUCCUUUCAAAUCUUGGAUAAUAUUUUUGAGGAGGACAGACUGAGGAAAUAUGAAUUUCCAAUCUCCUUUAUACACAAUAUUGAUGAAAUAAGAAGUGACAAGACAUUUGUGAGAGAGGACUCAUUUUCUCUUUGCCAAGAAACAGACUUUUCCUUUUAGUCUGUUUAAAAAAAAAAAAAAAAAAGAAGUCCUGUUCUUCCUUUGUUACAUAUAUAUGUCUCUGCAGAGAAGUCAGAUGCUUUCUUGCCAACCCCCAACUGUUCAUGAGUCAAGCCCCCAAAUUCACGAGUAGCUUAAAAUCAUGAAAUUUUUGUUUUUUGUUAAAGAUGUUAUUUCUAUUUGUCCUGUGUUUUUUUUCAAGCCUUUAUAAUGUACUCAGGUCACAUUUUCAACAUUCUCUCUACAAUCAGGAGGGCUUGAGUUGAGAUUUUGACUUAAUCAUUGGUUUCUGGGUGCUGGGGCUUUAAAUAAAGCACCAAACAGUGCCAGUCUUUUGACAAAAUCACAAGAGUUGGCAGCAGUGCAGAUCCACACAUCAAGGGAAAAAUAGAUCACUUGGUGGCCCAGCCCUGCAGUUUUAUCAUUGAUAAUACUUUACAUAGCUUUAUAAUGUAUACUGGUAUGUGAAACUCAGUGUAAGGUGCAUAAGGACAACCGUGGACAUUACACACAUGAAAGCUGCAGGCUUACAACCAUAGGCUAAAAUAUUCAUCACCCAGCAGCCUCUGAAAAUCUGGCCCCAGUUGUGGGCCCUGAGCACUUUUGAAAGAGUGGGUCAUAAUGGCCUAUUACUAAGGGUCUGAUUUUGUUUACACAUUAAAUUCAAUUACAAGGCCCGUGCAAUGGUGCAAGAUUAGGGCCCAAAAUGGCAGUAGGCCUUGCAUUCUCCCUAGAGUCUGGCUUUUUAAGGUGCCACGAUAAUGCAAAUACAGUGGGGAAAACACAAGUCAAUAUGUGUUAUUCAGCGCUGGCUCUUGUAUUGUAUUUUAGAUUGAUCUUAACAUUUUCUAGGUGAAGGGCACAAGUUAUGCUGCAUGAUAUGGACUACAGUGCUAUAGAGUAUCCCAGAAACAUUAGGAAAAAAGUUUGAUGCAAAAGUAAGUUUGUUUAGGCUUUUUAUUUCAAAAGUUAUUUAUUUGUAUAUUUCACUAAAUAUUUAAUUUAUAUCUGUACAUAUUUAUGAUGCAAUGUAGGCCUCUAGUCAACAUGUGUGAUGCUGAAAUAGAUGCCAGUAACAAUUGGUCCCACAUCAAUAACACUGCCUAAUUAAUUUGAGUCUUCCCCUCCUCCCUCCAGAUAUUGGCUUUGUAACUUUUUUCCCUGUAGUGAAGAGUGAUUUGUAGGGAGGGUGGGGUUAAAUUUUUAUCCAUGCCUGAGAUGAGUGUGCAAAUUCCUCUAAGCAAAGAGAUAUUACAUGCUGAUUUAUAAGAUGUGCAACUCUAUGUAAUGAUUCUUCCGUUCUGCCACAUAUACCUUUAAGAAUGACACCUAUAAAUUCCUGUUCUAAAUGACAUAUCUGGACAAGACUAAGCAUUUGCUUCCCCCACCCAAAGUAUACUGUAACUAAAUGUGCAAGUACAUUGCUCAUAUUUUGCAAUUAGCACACUAGCUAAGACUAUUCUAUGUAAUGGCCAAGGUAUUGUACUAUAGAAUAAACCAAACUCUGGAAAUAACCUCUUUCCAGAACACAUGCAGUGCUGUGAAAUAUUCAUGUUUUGUGUUACUCUUACUGUACAAUUUUUAAUAAAAAGCAAUGAAAUUUGUAUUUUCAUAGUUUUGAAAUUUCAGAAUCACCAAGCAAACUCAGCAGUAGGACAGUAUGAUGUUUUAAAGAGAAAACUUGUAUUUUAAAUCACCGCAUUUCUAUAUCUUUUGAGAAAACGUUACAAAUGUGCUUCCUAAACAAACUCCUAUUACUGUAUCAGGUGCUUUUUUAAAUAUCAGAUCAUAAUUUUGGGGAGACCAAAGGUGUUUUUAUAGGAUGAUUUUGGUAUUUUGAUUUUUCUAACAGAGAAUACCUAAUUCAAUAUCAGUUUUUCCUUUUUAGACAUUUUCAAAUCAAUUGGGUCUGGUUGUAUGUUGUAAGAUAGUGUUCUCAUAUUAAGAAUGUAAUUAUUUCAUUAUUGUAUUUUUAAAAAAAUCAUAUUUAAAAAUUUCUGUGGGGAAAAAAGCAUGCAAGAAACAUGGAAAAUCUUUUGUUUUAUUUUUGUUAUUGGAUAUGUUGGCAGUGCCCUUUAUAAUUGUAAAUAUAUUCUUUCUACUGUAUUCCUUAAUGUAUUUAAUUUUCAGAGACACAUUCAUGGAAAAUCAUGUUGUUAAAAUCCAAAAUGGACCCACCUCCGAGUGUGAGUCUUUAGCUUCAUUUAACUUUCUGCCUUUCUAGUUUAUUCUUCAGGAAAUCGUAGUGUGUGAUAAAUGACCGGCACCUAUUAGGUGUGACAGAUUUAUGUGCAUUAUUAAUAAAAGUUACUCUGUCAAAACAAGAAGUGUUUAUAUA